AUGUACCACAGAGUUCUAGUCCCGGAGUCCGACCAGCAUGUUCACAGGUUCUUGUGGAGGAACAUGCAACUCACCAGAGAGCCAAGUACUUACAUCAAGACUGUACUGACAUUUGGGGACAAGCCUGCAUCUGCCAUGGCUCAGAUAGCACCAAGGAAGACAGCUAAGGAGGCAGAAAGUAGAUAUCCAGAAGCUGCCCAGGUACUUAAAGAUUGUGUCUACAUGGAUGAUAUCUGUGAGUCAGUACAAGACCUACCUACAGCCCAGAGACUCACAGAUGAGAUUGACAAAGUGCUAUCUGAGGGAGGAUUUAAAACCAAAGGAUGUUUAUCAAACAGAUCGCUGACAGAUAGUGUACAGAAGGAAGGAGAGAUGAAGCCCGUGGAGGCGCUUGCUGAGGAGAAGGUCCUGGGAUCUGUAUGGGACAACAGCAAAGAUGUCUUCUCCUACAGAGUCAAAAUAGAUAUGCAAGAGUACUCUGAGGGUAAACCAGAAGGAGAAUGGAGUCUCAGCAAGAGAAAGAUCUUGAGCCAGAUAGCACUUGUAUUUGAUCCACUCGGCUUUGUAGCAGCCUUCCUGAUUCGUGCCAAGAUUGGGAUGCAGAGCCUUUGGGAAAAGGGCUAUGACUGGGAUGAGAUGCUGCCAGAAGCAGACCAGAAGUGGUGGAUAGACUUUUUCAAGGAGAUGAAGGAGUUGGAUGAGGUUAAGUUUGAAAGAAGCCUCACACCAUCAACAACGGUUAUCGAUCAUUCAAUGCCGUGUAUUUUUGCAGAUGCAUCCCAGAAUGCUUUCGGAGCAUGCGUCUAUCUGAGGUGGCAGCUUGAGAACGGUAAUUAUGAUGUCAGAUUUGUAAUGGCCAAGUCCAGAGUGGCCCCAUUGAAGAAUAUGACCUUUCCCAGAUUGGAACUACAGGCAGCAGUUAUGGCUACACGACUCCUCACCACUGUAAUAAAGGAGCUGAGACUGCAAGUUGAACAGGUGGUGUUCAUGGCUGAUAGCCAGAUUGUUCUAUCGUGGGUACAGAGUCAGAGAAAACGCUUCAAGACGUUUGUCGCAGUGAAGAUAGCAGAGGUUCAAAGUCAGUCUGACCCUGCCCAGUGGAGAUAA